AAACGGCAACAGUCACACUCCGUAAUCCACUCCCUCCCCCAAAGCGCACCGUUUUUCUGAAAAUUUCUCUUGAAACGGUAGAACUUCACGAUCUUCCUCCCAGAGCGCACACAAACCCCUUCUCUCGUUCUCCAUUGUGGACGCCCGACGCCAGUCGGAACUAUUCAGGGAUACUUCGCUCUGGGAAAACCCUAAGAGCUGUUCUAAUCCAUCAGAACUAGGUAUAACCUAAUCAUAUUAUUUUCAUCCCUCAAUUCCUUUCAUUGUUUCAAAAUUUGCCUUCUUGGGAAAGGGAAGGAAAUCAAAUCAAAAAAAUUUGUGGAAAAAGAGAUAUAAAAAAAAGAGGGUGAAAAGAAUUGUGGAGAGAAAGUAGGGAAAGGAGGUGAAUUGGAGCUCGGACAUCUCUGUUUCUGCCUGUUUCAUGUCUCCAAUGUCUCUGAAACCCGAAAAAGAAGGUAUGGACGUGGUGGAAAUUGCUAGUAGUGACGAUGAAGGAGGUGUAGGAGUGGAAAGGAGGAGCAAUCAACAGGUUCAAACCGACCAAGUAGGCCAGCAGACUGUUGUACCACUCCCUCCAGCGGAACCGCCCCUGUCAAGGAGUUUCUGGAAAGCUGGGGCCUAUGAUAACACUCCCUCCAAAUUGACUCCAGCCCCAGAUCAAUUGGAACAUGCUCGCGUUCAUCCCAAGUUUCUGCACUCCAAUGCCACUUCUCAUAAAUGGGCUUUUGGAGCAAUUGCCGAGCUGUUGGACAAUGCUGUUGACGAGAUAUGCAAUGGGGCAACUUUUGUAAAGCUCGAUAGAAUUGAUAAUCAGAAGGAUAACUCUCCUGCUUUACUUUUCCAAGAUGAUGGAGGUGGAAUGGAUCCUGAAUCUAUUCGGAAAUGCAUGAGCUUGGGUUACUCUUCAAAGAAGUCGAACACAACAAUUGGACAAUAUGGUAAUGGGUUCAAGACUAGUACAAUGCGACUGGGUGCUGAUGUUAUUGUUUUCAGCCGUGCAUCUCGUACCAGCCGAGCAACACAGAGCAUUGGCCUUUUAUCCUAUACAUUCUUGCGGAGAACUGGGCAGGACGAUGUUAUUGUUCCAAUGGUUGAUUUUGACAUCUCUGACCAUUGGGCUGAACCAAUAAUAUACAGCUCUAAGGAAGAUUGGUCUACCAACUUGAAGACCAUUCUCGAAUGGUCACCUUUUGCAUCAAAGGAGGAGCUUAUGCAACAGUUUGAGGAUAUUGGACCACAUGGAACAAAAAUAAUCAUAUACAACCUAUGGCUGAAUGAUGAAGGCAUAUUUGAAUUGAAUUUCGACGAUGAUGAUGAGGACAUAAGGUUAAGAGAUGAAGCAAAUCGUGGAAGUUUGUCAAAAGUACCCAAAAAAGUAGCUGAACUCCAAUCCCAUAUUUCCUAUUGCAUCAGAUAUUCAUUAAGGGCAUAUGCUUCCAUUUUGUACCUCAGAAAAUUUACAAACUUCCAAAUAAUACUAAGAGGGAAGCCUGUGCAGCAGUUUAAUAUAGCAGAUGAGUUGAAGUAUCCAAAAGUAGUUAUUUACAGGCCACAGCAUAAUACUGCAUUAAAAGAGGCUUCCGUGGAAACCACCAUUGGGUUUAUAAAAGAGGCACCUGCUCUUGGAGUUUCUGGGUUCAACGUGUACCAUAAAAAUCGCCUCAUCAGGCCCUUCUGGAAGGUUACAAGUGAUGGUUCUUCAAAAGGGAAUGGUGUCGUUGGAGUUCUUGAAGCUAAUUUUAUAGAACCAGCGCAUGACAAACAGGAUUUUGAGAGAUCAUCUCUGUUUAUCCGUCUUGAAACAAAGCUGAAACAAAUGCUAAUGGACUACUGGAAAAGCAACUGUCAUUUAAUGGGACAUCAACCUCCAGGUUCCAGGGUACAGAACAUGCAAAAGAAACAUCCUGCUCAAUCACCUGUCGGACAUGCAGCUCAUAUGCAGAAACAGUUGCCGGCUAAUCAACACAUUGUUGGUCUUGCGGCUAAUACCGAAAAAGAGAUGAAUCUAGAUCAACCUAUCAACUGUCUCACAGCUAAUCUGGGGCAGGAUGUGGAUAAUGUGCAACCUGGAAACAGAUCCAGAACUAGUGUCCGAGAAGAAUUGCCUGCUGUUCAACCCAUUAUUGGACUCAGAGAGGGAUCCUUUAAAGAAGUGACAUCUGCUGAUGGCUCUGGGCUCAUAUCAGUUGAUAAGAUAUGUGAAGAGAACAUACAACUAUUUAUGAGGUGUGAGGAACACAUGCGGAAGGAGAAUGAAUUAAAACAAACGAUAUCAGAAUUAGAGAGGAAGUUGGAGGAGGCCAAGAAGAAGUGUGCUCAACUUUCUUCACACCUGGAAAUUAGAAGGAAGCAAAGGAUUUUGAAGUCAACUGAAAAGAUUUAAUAGAACUAUCUUGUAAAGCACUCAGGGACCAGAAUGACACCUAACAAAUUAAGGUCUCUAAUAGUUGUUACUUUGGUGUGAGGGGAUUAGGUCAACAAUUGGCCUUAUUGCUUUUUUCCUCAAAAUUUUGAAGGGAAUUGUAUAUUGGUUUUAGUCCUUUUUUUGUGGUGUACAGAACUAGCUACAAAUUAGCUACGUUGUUUCAAAUGUGGUUUAUAGAAAUAGAAAUUAUUGUCUUUUAUGCUCCA